AUGGCGCCCCUCCACGUAGGAGAUAUCGGGCUGGUCAAUCUCAGCCUCAUAGCUGCAGUAUCGGGUAUCUUUUACAUCGCUUACAAAGUGGUCUACAAUGUACUAUUCCACCCUCUCCGUUCUUUCCCGGGGCCUAUCUCCCACCGCAUCUCAAACGUCCCGCGCGCCAUCCAGAUGAUGCGAGGGCACCUCCCUUUCCAUGUUGCAGAUCUGCAUCGAGAGUACGGCCCUGUGGUGCGGAUCGCGCCUGACGAGCUCGCAUUUUCGGAUCCCCAGGCAUGGAAGGACAUCUACGGCCACCGCGCUCCUGGACAGGAGGAGUUCGCAAAGCACAAGGGCUUCUACCGUCCUUUCGAUGCGAUGCCGACGUCCAUCAUCUCAGAUCCCCGUGAAGAACACAGCGCCGUCCGUCGGCAGCUAGCUCAUGGUUUCAGCGAUCGCAGCAUGAGGGGACAAGAGCCUAUCAUCGGCGAGUAUGUCGACUUGCUGGUCCAAAGGCUCCAUGCCAACGCUGAAGGGGGAAAGAAGGCCGUCAAUAUGCGCGAAUGGCUGAACUGGACAACCUUUGACAUCAUCGGCGACCUUGGCUUCGGCAGUUCAUUUGGCAUGCUGGCGAGUAGUGAUUACCACCCCUGGGUCAAAUUGAUCGUUCAGACGGUCAAGCAGAGUGGCCAACUGCAAGCUCUCAUCAACGUUGGCCUUCGACCAGUCGUGCAAUUCCUCAGCCGCAACGGUUUCUUGAAGUCCCGUGACGAGCAUCGUGCGCUUGUCAGGAACAAGCUCUCGCAAAGGAUCGAAAUGGGCGCAGAGCGACCCGACCUGAUCGAAGGCCUGAUUGCUACCCACAAGAAAGAUGAAAAGGCAAUGCCUUUCCCCAAGCUAGCUAUCAAUGCCGGAACGCUCAUUGUCGCUGGGUCCGAGACCACAGCCACUCUCCUCAGUGGCGCCAUCUACCUCCUCACGGCCUAUCCCGAGACCCUGAGCAAGCUAACCCACGAAGUAAGAUCGUCUUUUUCUGAUGACAAGGAGAUCACACUUUUCUCGGUCGCCAACUUGCACUAUAUGCUAGCAUGUAUCAACGAGUCGUUCCGCCGCUAUCCCCCAGUGGCCUUCGGUAUGCCAAGACAGGUACCCAAAGGUGGUGCACAGGUGGCAGGGCACUUCAUCCCAGAGGAUACUGUCACCGCUGUGUGGCAAUACGCAGCCAACCACGACCCUAACAACUGGAAAGAUCCGAUGGGCUUCCACCCGGAGCGGUUUAUGGGAGACCCGGGAUUCAAGACAGACAAGUUGGAUGCCCUGCAGCCGUUCAGUGUUGGGCCAAGAAAUUGCAUCGGCCGGAACUUGGCGUACGCCGAGAUGCGACUGAUCUUGGCCAAAAUCAUAUACAACUUCGAUCUGACGUUGGCCGACGAAAGUCGAAACUGGCUUGAGGGGCAGAAGGCAUACAUCUUGUGGGAGAAGCCAGCCCUGGACGUAUACCUAACCCCUGCUGUGCAUUCAUGA